AUGUCUGAUAUGUGUCCUCAGUGCUUCAACCUCAAUUCGCAGUUAAUAGCCAGCAAAGGAUAUCCUGUGGAGGAGCACAACGUCACGACCCGUGAUUCCUACGUCCUUAUGAUGCAAAGAAUACCCGCAGGACGCGCUGAACGAAGUGUUCAGCUUCAUCAAAAGCCUGCCGUUAUCUUGAUGAGUGGCCUUCAAGGGAGCAGCGCGGACUACGUGGUGAAUAUGCCUGAUCAGAGCCUUGGAUUCAUGCUAGCAGACAACGGCUACGAUGUCUGGUUGGCCAACGUGAGAGGCACCAGAUAUUCCAGCCACCUUCACCUCAAGAAGAGCAGCAGCGGAUUCUGGGAUUUCAGCUUAGACGAAAUGAUUAGCUACGACCUGCCAGAUCAAAUAGACACCGUGUUGAACGUGACGCAGCAAGAAGCAUUGUUCUACGUCGGGUGGUCUCAAGGAACAGCGAUCAUGUUCGGGCUACUUUCGUCGAAACCAGAGUACAAUCAAAAGCCAUGGCCGCCGGCAUACAACCUAAGAAAUGUCACAACCAGAGUGGCGCUCUACUGGGGUGACGGCGAUGUGCUGGCAACACCUAGGGAUGUACGGGACCUUUAUAAGAAACUACCCAAUGUGGUCCUCAAUUACAAAGUACCCGUGAGCGGCUUCACGCACUUGGACUUCGGUUGGAGCAUCAAAGCAAAAGACCAUCUCUACAAGAAAAUGCUGGGGAUGAUGUCAGCGUACUCUCGGACUCGACAACAGGUGUCAUCGCCGAAGGAAGUACCAGAGUUCUUGUAG